AUGCGCAAACUAAAGGAGCUCGAAGACUUCAUCGACGUCAGCGUCAUCUGCCCGCAUAUAGGCGAGCGCGGCUGGCCCUUCCACGUCAAGGACCUCUACCUCCGCGCGGCGCCGGACUAUGAGGGCCGCUUCACGGUCCCCAUCCUCUGGGACAAGCAGCAGAACAAGUCGCCAUCGUGCGCUUCGACCCAAUCUACGUCGGCCACUUCAAGUGCAACAUCCGUACGAUCUGUGGCGGCUACCCCGCCAUCCAUCGCUGGUUCCGCAAGCUACUAUGUGCCCCGCCCGUACGCCACGCGGAGACCACCGACAACGUGUCGCCGCUCAGGCUCUCGACACCGUCUUCAUUCCAUCCGCCGUCCCUCGCUGGAUGGUGGUACGUCCGGAGGCAGACACGAGGAGCCAUUCGUCUACCUGACAGAGACACAGGCCCAAGAUACGUGUCGUCGACACGCUCGCAUCAAUGCCCUACUUCAUCGUGGCAGCAUUGGGAGCGACACGUCGGAGACGAUGGUAGAAAAUUUUGAUGCCACGACAAGCAUGCGCACGCGCAGUGCGUACCGGUUGGUGCCUAUCAACAAGGAUGCGCGGAUCCUGAGAUUCGAGGAUGAGGAGUAG